UCUCUGCCCAUAGCCCCUUCCUCCAAUUUCAAAGCCAACAGUAUAGCAUCUUCAACUGUCUCUCUGACUCUGACCCUCUUGCUUCCACUGUUACAUCUCCACCUGACUCUGACUCCCCUAACCUCCUCGUAUAAGGAUUCUUGUGAUUCCAUUGGGCCCUCUUGGACAAUCCAAUCCAGGGAUAAUCUCCCUCUCUCAAGAUACUUAAUUUAAUCACAUUUGCAAAGUCCCUUUUGCUAUGUAAAGUAACAUAUUCACAGGUCUGGGGAGUAGGACCUGGACAUCUUUGGGGAACCAUUAUUCUGUCUACCACACUUUAAUAAUAUAAUUCUUGUUGUUCUGAUAAGGUUGAGACUUAGUUGAAGCUAAAGCACUGGGUUUGAUGCUCCCUCUCUCCUUCUGACUUGUGGCAGGUAGAGUUCCUCCUUGACCCUGGCUUGGGCUGAACCUGUUCCAGGGGUAUAAGUGUCUAGAGAAGAACGACACCAUCCCUGCCAGGCUGAGCUGCUAGCUCCCAAGGGUGGACUCUGGCUGUUGCCAGGCAAUGUGGAUGCAGCCAUUCUUUUGAAACUAACUAAAAGAACUCCUUUUUAAUCAUUUUUUUCCCCUGAGAGCAUGUGAUGUUUACUUUUGGGGGGCACCCAGUUUUAAAGGUCUUAACGUGUUUUGGUCUUUCGGAUACAUCAGAAGUCACUGAGUUAUCCUCUGGUUCCAGGGGCUAUGCGUUAUGACCUAAAAAUUGGGAUACGUGGUCUGACAGAGGAUUCUGCAUCUGCUUCCAAGAGUCAAAGAAGUCUCAGGAGAUGUAAUUUGGUUAAAGACACAUCAGAAUUUCUAGCAUAUCUUGAUGGUUUGGGGAAGAUAACGUGACAGAAUAAAUAAAAUAAAUUUGCUAUCAUUUAGUAAGUUCUGUACUAAGUACCAAGUGCUGUGCUAUGUCCUUUGUAUAUAUUAUCUCAUUUACCAGUGAGGUAGAAAUUAUCACUCUUGUUUUACAGGUACUAUCUCAAAGUUGUUCUAGUAGGCUCAAAAGUCAAACACAGAUCUAUCUGACUCAGAAGCCAGUGCUUGUAGACUACUACACUCACAGAAACCCGGAGCACAGAAAUCUGUACACAGAUGCAUCCCUGAAACUAAAAAUAUUACCUUGAAGGUAAGCCAUAGCUCCAGAUCUGCAAAUGUCUUUCUUUUCAACAUCAGUGAGAGCUGCCUGGAGAUCGAGAUGAGUAGCAUUUAGUUCAAUAGAGAUUUUAGAAUAAUCCUUCCAAUGUCCUCAUUCCUGGGAAAGAACAAGGUAUUGGUAUUUUUCUGGCAGCGGACACCCAUUUAAGGGAGAUUUGAUAGAAUGAUAGACAUGAGGGUUUUCAUUUUCAAGGCCUACCUCCUCUCAUAAUACAGUCUGAGUAAUACAUCAUCAGGGAACGCUCAGACCUCCAUGCCCCAGGUGGGGAUGUUGUGGGAGCCCCAGGUAAUACUGGAGAAGAGGGAUGUCCCUUGGAGCCUAAAUAGUACUGUUAUAUACACGGCAAAGGGGUCAAUUUAGCAUCUGCUGCUCUCUGCCAACAAUCUACCCGUGGGGGAGGGAGUAGGGAAACAAGGGGCCCAUCUGACUUGAGAAAGUCCAAGCCUGACAGCUGAAGGGUCCCAGAGCAGCAAGCAUCACCUCGCCUCUUCUCUUGGACCAUGUCAGCUGUCUGCUUUGGAUUGACAGAGGCAUCUGGCUUCUAAAAAUACCCUACUGACCAAGGGCUGCCUAUUCCAACUACAGCUGGGCAUGACUGCAAUCCAGGACUUCACGACUCCUUGCAAAGGAACUUUUCCAAAGUUUUCAGGCCCAAUUUGAGAAGCACACCAGCCCAUGGUCAUUUUCGACUUUGUCAGUUUUGCUGGGCGGUGAAUGGGACCCUUCCCAGGUCACUGUCCUCUGGCCUGGCCCAUCCCCGUCUCCAGGAAAAGAGGCAGAGGGAGGGUGAGGGCCCGGUGGCUGAGAGGGGGUAGGGAAGGGGAGGUGCCUGUCCAUUUAUAGUCUUGCUGUUGGGAUGUUGAAGGUGCUGAAAUAGCAGCGAGGACAAGGGACUUGGCUCAGUGUUAAAUAUCGGCCGAGCUGCCCGAAGCUUCUGAGAUGACAAUAGGGGGAAUGGAGAACGUGGAGGUCUUCACUUCUGAGGGCAAAGGCAGAGGUCUGAAGGCCACUAAGGAGUUCUGGGCUGCUGACGUCAUCUUUGCUGAGCGGGCUUAUUCCGCAGUGGUCUUUGACAGCCUUGUGAACGUUGUGUGCCACACUUGCUUCAAGAGGCAGGAGAAGCUCCACCGCUGCGGGCAGUGCAAGUUUGCCCAUUACUGUGACCGCACCUGCCAGAAGGAUGCUUGGCAGAACCACAAGAACGAGUGUUCGGCCAUCAAGAGAUACGGGAAGGUGCCCAAUGAGAACAUCAGGCUGGCGGCGCGCGUCAUGUGGCGGGUGGAGAGAGAGGGCGGCGGGCUCACGGAGGGCUGCCUGGUCCCCGUGGACGACCUGCAGAGCCACGUGGAACACUUCGAGGAGGAGGCGCUGAAAGAGCUGCGGGGGGACGUGGACACUUUCCUGCAGUACUGGCCGCCCCAGAGCCAGCAGUUCAGCAUGCAGUACAUCUCGCGGAUCUUCGGCGUGAUUAACUGCAAUGGUUUCACGCUCAGUGACCAGAGAGGCCUGCAGGCAGUGGGUGUGGGCAUCUUCCCCAACCUGGGCCUGGUGAACCAUGACUGUUGGCCCAACUGCACGGUCAUAUUUAACAACGGCAAAAUUGAACUCCGGGCCCUGGGCAAGAUCUCAGAAGGAGAGGAGCUGACCGUGUCCUAUAUCGACUUCCUUAACGUCAGCGAAGAACGCAAGAAGCAGCUGAAGAAGCAGUACUACUUUGACUGUACGUGUGAGCACUGCCAGAAAGGGCUGAAGGACGACCUCUUCCUGGGUGUGAAAGACGACCCAAAGCCCUCUCAGGAGGUGGUGAAGGAGAUGAUACAGUUCUCCAAGGAUACGCUCGAAAACAUUGACAAGGCUCGCUCUGAGGGUUUGUACCACGAGGUUGUGAAAUUAUGCCGGGAGUGCCUGCAGAAGCAGGAGCCAGUGUUUGCCGACACCAACAUCUACACGCUGCGGCUGUUGAGCACCGUUUCCGAGGUCCUCUCCUACCUGCAGGCCUUUGAGGAGGCCUCACACUACGCCAGGAGGAUGGUGGACGGCUAUAUGAAGCUGUAUCACCCCAACAAUGCCCAGCUGGGCAUGGCCAUCAUGCGGGCAGGGCUGACCAACUGGCACGCUGGCAACAUUGAGGUGGGGCACGGCAUGAUCUGCAAAGCCUACGCCAUUCUCCUGGUGACACACGGACCCUCCCACCCCAUCACCAAGGACUUAGAGGCCAUGCGGAUGCAGACGGAGAUGGAGCUGCGCAUGUUCCGACAGAACGAGUUCAUGUACCACAAGAUGCGUGAGGCCGCCCUGAACAACCAGCCCAUGCAGGUCAUGGCUGAACCCAGCAAUGAGCCGGCGCCGGCUUUGUUCCACAAGAAGCAAUGAGGACCUGCCUGGUGGGAGAGGGGCGCCGUGGCUGGGGAACUGGGGAGACAUUCUGGAGGUGGUGGGUUUCUGGGGAGACCCUUGAUGAGGAAAUCAGCGUAACGCUCAGCCUUGUUGCCGCGGGAAUGUCCUACUCUUUUUUCCCAGUGUCAUUUCGGUUCAUUUCAACUCAGUUCAAUUCAAUUUAACCUUAUCCCAGACCAGUCCAACUCCUCCUACAAAUAUUUAUUGCGAUAAAUAUUUAUAGGGAUAAAGAAGCUCCAAAUGUAGCUGGAGAGGCAAAAUGUAAACAAUUAAAGCACAGUGUGAUAAUAAAUGCAAUGGUAAACUCUAUGGAGAGAGGGAGUACAGUGGAGGGCAUGUGUCUGGUGUGUGUGUGUGUGUGUAGUGGUGAGGGUGUCAUGGAGGAGAUGACAUCUGAGCUAAGGGUGGCAGGUACCUGGAGUCUCAGGUGGCCACUCACCUAUCUGUGCAGGUGUCUCUGGAAUAUUCGGGAUUUGCUGACUGGGAUGGGUGAUGUUCAGUUUCCUCAGGCGAGUGUGGAGUUAUGAAGAAGAGACUGUCUUUGGGCCUUUCAGGUCCUACUCAGAGAACUGAAACUUCUUCAGAAGGGCACGUAUGCAGAAGGAGGGCUUUGCCCAAACCACUUGAGGCCUCAGUUUAAAGUCUGGGUUCCCAGCAUUAUUCUGAAACUACUUCUAGAACACAGAGGGGGAGUGUUUCCUUUCCACACUCUCCCUGCCAAGCCUUGUGAUUCCCGUGACGUGGGGCUACUUGGAUAAUAGCUGAGAUUUUUCUGACCAUUGGCCUCCUAGGAUUGGAGAAGUCUCUUCAGGGUGAAGUUGAGGGAGAAACUUGGAAACCCACAUACCUGAUGAUCAUGGGUCCAGCGGAAUUGGCUUUUGCGUCUUUUAUUUUGUCACGUGUGCCUGGGUGGCCUUUACCAGCUUAGAGUUCAUCACUGGCCCCCAGUAAAUCUCUAUUUUUUAGUAAUGCAUAGUUAUGACUUCCCUUGUUUGAUUUCUUUCAUUGUCCAUUCCCUGGGUCCUCUGCUUUCCUUACCAGAAGGAAUGUCUAGUCUGGACUCUGCACACCUAGGUGAGGACCUCUCUGGGAGUGUGACCAACUUGCCCUCAUCUCCUGGGAGGCUGCUCUGGUUUCCACCCAAGAGUGUGGGUCUUGGGAAUCAACCAAUCUAGUUGUCCCAUUGGCCUGUUAUCUUCUGGGAUCCCAAACUUCUCACGAAUGUUUUGGGGGAUCCUGGACAAAAGCCCCCCCCCAUUUGAGAGCGUCACCAAGUCUUCUCUACUCUCUGGGGCCACCCUUGACCCCAGAGCUCUAGCUAACAUCUUGAGGUCAGGUGAUCCCAUCAGGCUCCAUAUUUGUCAUCUGUGCCUAAAGUGUCAGUUCCUCCCUUUCGUCCUCAGAAUGAUCCACUGCCUCCCUUGUAACCUGACCAACAGCUCUGCCAAUGUGCCAAAAACUUUGUCCAAAAACUCUGCAAAGGUGCCGCCUCUGUGCGGAAUACUGGCACCUGGCACUUGGCUCUUCAUUGAGGACACCUGCUUCUUCAGAACUUUCACAGGGAGACUGACAGUUCUUCUAAGCUCACGUAAGGAUGGUACCAGCCCUCUGCCAGGGACCUAACUGUGCCAGUUCAAAUGGUCUCUCUUCUAUCCUCAUAUGAAACCUUCCCCCAAACCUCUUCCCUUCUUUGUCACUGUCACCUGCCACACCGCUGGUCAUUCCCCCACAUUCAAGGUCUUCUUUUCUGUCCCCUCUUCCUCAGAUUCGGUGUCUUCGAAGUCCACUUUCACAGACCAUCUAAACCACUUGUUUUACAGAUUCUUCAUUUACUCAAUUCCAGGUGUCUUUCCACUUCCCCCAUUAAAACCCUCUCUUAGUUACACCCUGGACACUGUCAUCCCCCAUAAUUCCUCCAUUUUUUGGCCGCCCUCUGUGGCAUGCGGGAUCCUAGCUCCCCGACCGGGGAUCGAACCUGUGCCCCCGCGCAGUGGAAGGGCGGAGUCUUAACCGCCGGACCGCCAGGGAAUUCCCAAUUUCUUCAUUUUUGAUGUCUGACUCUCUGGUCAUUGCUUCCCAUCUGUUCACUUCUCUUUUUCCUCCACCCCUGAUUGCUAGAUGGCAUCGUAUUUUCUCCAGUGUGUCCCCCCUCCUCCUGUCUUCACAUCCUUCCAGAUAACCAAGGCAUCAGCCUCUUUUUCUUUUUGCCCAUCCCCCCUUCCUACUCGGCAGAGUCCAGGCCUGGAUGAGUUCAGCUGUCUUGUUCCUCUGUUGCACCUGGAGGUCUGAGCACAGCCAGGAAAAUGGUACCUCUCAGCUCUGGCGCAUCCACGGCCUCUUCUCCAACCUCAGCUGGCCUUGGGGUGCAGCCCAGGCGUGCUCCCUGUGCUUCUCCCUUUGCCCAGUGGUUAUUUCAGGUCCUCACUCCUGUCCUCGAGCGAGUCCUCUGCUUUCAGCAGAACCUCAUCUCCUGCUUCACCCAGAGGCCAGGAGAUGGGGUUCCUCAAUUUCCUCUUCCCGCGUUCACACAUGUUGUGUCUGUGCUCAUCCUUCCCGCUUCCGCCUCACACCAGUGGAACGAGAGCCCCUCUCCUCCAAAGCCAAAUGCUCCCCCUGUGCUUUGGACCCCAUCCCCUCCUAGGUCCUUGGGGCCCUGCUUCCCGUUUAUUCCUUCUCACCUUGGAUUAUUCACAUUUCUCCGUCUACUGGCUUCUUCAAAGCAGUUAAUAGAUGUGCUGGGGAAACUCUGAUCAUAAUCUUCAAGGCUGAGUUGUUUUUUUUGUUUUUUUUUUGCGGUACGCGGGCAUCUCACUG